UAAGUCUGGUCCGCUUGUAACAUAACCUCAAUCCUUUACAUUUCUUGUUGUGAUUUAUUAUUAUUUAUUCAUAAAAUUUUGUAUUAAAAACUAUAAAAGAAACUAUGAUAACUAUAUACGUUGAUAACAACGUUCCUUGCAUAUAUAAAAUUGAAGAUUGGGAAAUACUGAGGAAAACUUAUAGAAUUAUUGGAAACCCUUUAGGAACAAAUUUUUGUAUACCUUCAUUACCAGUGAGUCUAUUACCAGAAGAAGCUUUAAUAUUAAAACGUAAAGGAAUUGUAAAGCUUAUUACAUUAAAACAAAUACUAAAUACUGAACCGAGAGAUAAUCAAGAAAAAGCAUAUAAUGAUUUUAAAGUUAAGUUAAUCAAAGCACAAAAGGAAAUGUACCGAGACAUAAGAAAGAAACAAAUUGAACUUAACAUUAAAAAACUCAUUGCUGGGAAAAGAAAAAAAGGGGAUGAUAGGUGUGAACAAGAGAUUUUUGAGGAAGAAUUAGAAAAGUCUUGUUGCAUUGCAGAAGAUUCUAUGUUAUGGCCAAUUUUUUGUGAACAUCAAAUCACAUCUAAAGAUUGUCAUGAUGAAGUUGGUGAAGAUGUUUUAUUAGCAAAAACAACCCAAACAAAGUUAACUAUUUAUGAAGAUCUUUGGAAUCGCGGUUUUUAUAUCACAGUUGGAAAUAAAUUCGGUGCAGAUUUUUUGGUUUAUUUAGGUGAUCCAGUUUUACACCAUGCUGUUUACAUUGUAAUAAUUGUAGAAAAUCCUAAGAAAUUAUUUUAUCCCAGUGAAUUAGUAGCAUAUGGAAGACUAGGAACAUCAGUAAAGAAAAAAACGUUACUUGCUUCAUUAAUGGAAACAGGAAAAGUUUCAUAUUUAACAUUGAAUUGGAUGGAUGAUUAAAACAUACAUUUUAGUUACUAAAUAUUUACUAUAAUAAUAAAUCGAAUUUAAAUUUGUUCAA